AAUGCAAGAAGGUUUGACAUUCAACCAAAACAAGUCCGAUCAUAUUUACCAUGUUUAGAAUAUGAAUUGUAUAACUGGAUUAUGAGUUUGCAAAAAAAUGUCCAAGCUGUUACUAGGAGAAACGUAACAAUAAAAGCUAAAUCUUUAGCUAAAAAUCAGCAAUAUCGGGAUUUAUAUCCACAAAUUCAAGAUUUUCAAUUUUCUAAUAAAUGGCUUAAUGGUUUUAUGAAUAGAAAACACCUUUUUAAUCAUCGCCAUACUAAUUUAACUCAGUAUUUGCCAGAGGAGUUAAAUGAAAAACAACAAAAAUUUUUUAAGUUUCAUAUUAUAUCAUCGAAUUCAAUACGAUUAUAA